CAGAUGGCAAGCAAUUUUUUUUGCUUGAUCUAUGUGGAAGUCUGAUAAAAUUUUUUGUUUACAGUUUUUAAAUUAGUUUAAGUGAAAUGGCCAAAAAGUUCUGCUACUCGGAGAAAAAGACCCUAGCGCGUAUUGAAAAAAAUCAGAAUCACCGUAAAGUUCGGGAUUCCCAAUUUGAGAAUGGUCAGGAUGCUGAGGAGGAGGAUGGUGAUGGCAGUAAGGCAAUGGGUCCAGAAAUGGCACCGCAGAAGUUGGGAGUUCUGAAGAACCUUGCCAACGGUUACUUGAAGUUGGUCCACGAAAUCGAGGCCAACCUCUGCCUGCUAGCGCCUCCUAUGGGCGAAGCUAAAUCAGAGCGUGAGGUGGGUGGGGAAAUCGCUCGAAAUACCGAAAUCGAAGAGGAUAUAUCGCAGUCUUCAGAGGAUACCACUUAUCCAGGAAUAGGCUUUGUGAAUUUGUAUAGGCGCAGUACUCACUUUGAGUGCUUGGGAAUUCCUAUAACUUCCUUGGAGCUGUUCUGUAUGGAGCGCCAAAGAAAUGCUGGCACUGAGGCGGCGGAUUCAUUGAAAUCUCUAGAUGAGCGGUUGAGUAAGGAGACCGAACGGGUUCCUAAGAGAAAUCCAUCGAAUACAGCCAAAAAUGAAAACAUCAUAGAAAAUACUUCUAAAUCUAAAUCUGUCAUAGAUCAGGAAACAGAAGCAAGACUCGAUGAGGAACUUGCAAAUCAAUGUUCAACGAUCGAGCUAUACCAGGAUUCGCCCACGGGUUCACAUUUUGAAAAUCCAAAGUCCGUGCACUCUACCAUGGAAUCUAAUAAAUGGGGAAAAUUUCCAGCUAAAAGUGGAAGCAUAAUUCUUGGUAAACGAACUAAAUCACCCAGUAAACGUCAAUAUACUAGGGAAAAAAUAAAAUCAUUAUGUCCAAAAAUUCGUGCAGUCGAUAGCUGCAGUGAAACGACCAAACCCAGAUGUCAUAUCGAUUUUAGGAACGUUGGUGGGCAGAAAUCUUCUAGAUUUAAGGAAAAGACCAGAAAUGCCAUGAUCAAUGAAUCGAAGUUGUUUCCAUCAUCAUCUAUCUGUAUGCCAGAAGAUAAAUCUAAACAUGGAGGCUCAUGGCCCAAUGCAGCCACACCCUCAGCGUUGGAGACCCAUUUAUAUAGCAGCGACAGUGAGAUGUUUGGGGGCUCACACGCCCCUAAUCCAGUGGAGAGCUCUUCUAUGAAAGUAUCCGGGAAACGCUUAGAGGAGCUGAUGAAUUGUAAGCCAGAUAAAUUGCGUUUGAAGAAGUCUAUCAGCACGAUUGUUGAAUCCGAUUUCGAGCCACUAGAGCCAAUGAGUUCCAACGAUACCUUCACGGAGGCGUGGAGGAAUUCGAAUUUGAAUAGGGUACCAAACCAACAAAACCCACGGAUCGGCGGACUUUAUCGUCGGAGCGAAAAGCUAAAGUUCCAGCCCAUUGAUCGCCUAGACGCGGGCUGGGUUGGUCUACCGCUGUUCAAGAACUCGGAGGAAUCCCUGAAGAGGACACAGUACUUUGUGACCGAGUUCGAUAAGCUGAGUCACGCUGAUAAGGUGCAGGACAUAGAGUUGCGAAUGGACCAGUUGCGGUGGCUCCACGCAACGACGGAUCAUGAAUAUCGCCAGCACUAUCGGAAACAGAGUAUUCCCUUUAAGAAGGUCUUGACUAAUUCGGUGCAGUAUGCGUGUCCUUUAAACUACGACGAAUGUCCGGCCGUGAAGAACGACACUCUAUUAUCACACUUCAUAUGCUGGCAUUUGGAUGAGCCGGGGAAGGAGUUGCGUGAGAUUUUCGAUGGCGAACAGGUGCUAAUGGUCUUCACUCCCAGGGCCUUCCAGCUGGGCAAGACAGAGUGCCUUUCCGUGCUGGUUUACGGGGGCGUUCGGAAUAAGUCCUGCACCCUGCCCGGCGUCAGAUUUAUGCCCACACCGAACACAGGUUUACCAGAAGCCUACGCCCAUUUUGACGGCCAUUUGCCACUGCUCUUGAUGAUUUGCAGGAACCGGACGGGAACUGCGGAGGGCAGGAAGGUGCGGUUCAAGGGCCUAGAAGACGAGGAGACCCUCGCUCUGUGGAUGGCCAGCAGGGAUCUGCCUUGCCCCAUCCACGUGGCUAUGACUGUACUCAGCCGACGACUAGAUGUCACUAGAAGCUCCAUCAUGAAGGUCCGAGAACUCCACAAAUCACAGGACCCUCUCGACUUCAUGUUAUCCAACAAAAACCAUAUGCGUCUCAGCAAUCACGACUUGCGCGUUUUCACCAACGAUCAUAGGGAGCCAAUAUAUUUGGAGGUUGUUGUGAAGGAGUACGCCGGUAUACCUUAAUGCCUCAUUUCAGCUCAUUUCCAAGGCGUCGACUGAAUCUCUCACAUAAUUCUUAGUGGUUGGGCCCAGUUCUCUGGACAUGCCAAUAAUGGAGGUCUUGCAUAGGUUAGAAUUUACUUUAAUCCAUUUUCCAAAAUUAUAAAAUUUUUAAUCUGUUAAGAUACUAUAUUUGGAUUUAUGAUUGUAGGCAGUUGUUUGCAACUCAAAAAAGGAAAUAUAACCAGCCAAAAACAAUAAAAAUCAGCAAAUUCAAGCGCAUAAUAAAUUUAUGAAAAGAUA